UUACGGCGGAAAUGUCAGUUGACAUUUUCGGCUUGAAAUAUGUACAAAUUUUAAAAAAAAGUAUGUCAAAAAAUCUCUAAAUUUACAAGUAACUAAUUAGAAACAACUCGAACCUCCUCCAAAACCUAAUCUCCAUCCGGGAAAAUUACGACGCGUGCAGUGAAGUGGUUUAUCGAUUAGGAUUUUCAGGUUAUGAAAAACUGAUUAGAUCGCAAUACUUGGAAGGAUUAGAUAAAAGGAACGCCUGAACAUUUUAUACAUAAUCAUAUUCUAGUGCAAUAUGGCAACGGAAGUACAAAUAGUUGACGAGUGCGACCUAAACGAGCUUAAAAGUCGCAUGAAAUUAAUUUCGGACGCGGAUCCCACGCAGUAUCACAACGACUUUUCUCUGAAACGAUUUUUGAAAGCGUUCAAGACCGUUGAUGAAGCUUUUCAGGCUAUACUAAAGACGAACAAAUGGAGAAAGGAGUACGGCGUCGACAAGCUGAACAUAGAAAUGCCGCUGAUCAAAAGCAAUCUGGAAGCGAACAAAGCCCGAGUUCUGAGGCACAGGGACUUGCAGGGUCGCCCCAUAAUUUACAUACCGGCCAAAAAUCACAGUGCCAGUAACAGAAACAUCGACGAACUGACCAAGUUUAUCGUUUAUUGUUUGGAGGAAGCUUGUAAAAAGUGCUUCGAAGAGGUCGUCGAUAAUUUGUGUAUCGUUUUCGAUUUGGAGGGAUUCGGACUGAAUUGUAUGGAUUACCAGGUGGUGAAAAAUUUGAUAUGGCUGUUGAGCAAACAUUAUCCGGAACGGCUUGGAGUUUGUCUUAUUAUUAACGCUCCUUCAUUAUUUUCGGGAUGUUGGUUGGUCAUCAGAGGAUGGUUGGAUGAAAAUACGACCAGCAAAGUGGAGUUUAUUAAUUCGGAAAUGGACCUGUGCAACUACUUAAUUCCGGAUGUUUUGCCCUCCGAUAUAUGAAAAUAAUUUUUGUAUCUGUGUUUUAAUUAACAUACUUUCUUCUUACUAAUCAGGGUAACACAUAUCACUGUAAAAAGUUGUUAGAAUAUUAAAGUCACAUAAUAUUAUUUUAUUUCAAAGCAAUCUCUUUCAAUCAGUAUUUUUCAUAUUUUAGAUUAAGACGACUGUAUUUAUUAACACACUGUGUCGUGAAGCUAAAGUUUUCAACCAAAGAUAUUUAAACAAAGAAGUUUUCUCGAAACGCCUAUUAAGCCAAUCUUGUCUACAUUAACUAUUAUAAGAACAAUCUGUAUUAAAAUAUUUAAUAUAUGUUACAUCAACUC